AUUUAGUUGAUAGCCAAACAAAAUUUACCUUUCUUAUUCUUCCCCACGUAUCUAAAAAGCCAGAUUCUAUUCACCUUCUUCUUCUAUCCAAAAUAUUUUUUUUUCUUUCCCAAGCAACAAUGGCGUCUGCUCUUUACCACCAAAAUAAUCCCUUAUUUACGCAGUCUCUUCACCAAAAAAAUUAUAAUUACAGUUAUUUCUGUUAUUCUACUAUUCUUCCGCUAAAGAGUAUUAAUACUAACUACUCAACUCGACUGCGUACUACACUAAUCAAAUCUUCUAGGGACAAAAAUCGUAUUGUCCUAUCCGAAACUUCUGUCGAUAAUACCAAUUCCAAUUCUGAUUCGGGAGAAAGUCGGGUCAAGAGUCCGGAUCCUGACCCAGGACCCGAUUCGGACCUUCCAUCCUCGUCAUCGUUGUUGGAUUCAGUCUCUUCCCUGCUGAAAUUAGAUGGAAUUGGAUGGGAGAUUAUGUCCAUUGCGUUGCCCGCGGCGUUAGCUCUUGCUGCUGAUCCCAUUACUUCACUUGUUGAUACUGCAUUUGUUGGACAUUUGGGAUCGGUUGAAUUGGCAGCAGUAGGUAUUUCUGUAUCAGUUUUCAACCUCAUAUCGAAAUUAUUCAAUGUUCCUUUGCUCAACGUCACAACUUCUUUUGUUGCUGAAGAGCAGGCAUUAAUUGCUAAAGGUCGCUCACCUGAUUCACAAAGCAAAAUACUACUUCCUUCAGUAUCAACUUCUUUGCUACUUGCUCUUGGCCUUGGCAUUGCAGAAGCUGUUGGACUUUCUUUUGGCUCCGGUUUCCUGAUGAAUACCAUGGGUAUAUCUGUUGAUUCACCAAUGCGUGUACCAGCUGAGCAAUUCCUUACAAUGCGGGCCUUUGGAGCUCCACCAAUCGUAAUAGCACUUGCUGCUCAAGGAACAUUUCGUGGAUUUAAGGACACAAAAACUCCUUUAUAUGCUGUUGGAGCUGGUAACUUGCUAAAUGCAUUAUUGUCUCCAAUUUUGAUAUUUCCCUUUGGUUUUGGUAUUAGUGGGGCUGCAACUGCUGCUGUGAUAUCUGAAUACUUGUCUGCUUUUAUCCUUAUGUGGAAGUUAAACGAAAAAGUACUUCUUAUUGCUCCAGACGUUGACGUGGGAAGAUUUGCUCAGUAUCUUAAAUCUGGUUCCCUUCUAAUAGGGAGGACUUUAGCACUUCUAAUUACCACUACGCUAUCAACAGCAAUGGCAGCACAAGAGGGCCCCGUUCCUAUGGCUGGUCAUCAGAUCUGUGUUCAAGUUUGGCUAGCUGUAUCAUUGCUAACUGAUGCCUUGGCACUUGCUGGACAGGCUCUCCUUGCCAGUGGAGUUUCUCAAGGUAAUUAUGGCCAAGCACGAGAAGUGGUUUAUAAAGUUCUACAGAUUGGUGCAUUGACAGGAGUCACCUUGGGUUUUAGCUUGUUUGUUGGUUUUGAAGCGCUCUCCGGCUUAUUCAGCUCAGAUUCUGAAGUCCUGGAAAUUGCCAGAUAUGGUACUCUGUUUGUUGCUGGAUCUCAGCCAAUAAAUGCCAUUGCCUUCGUUCUUGAUGGGCUCUAUUAUGGUGUUUCAGACUUCGAAUUUGCUGCAUAUUCUAUGUUUCUGAUUGGACUAGUCUCCUCAAUCUUCUUACUUGUGGCUGCACCAUCAUUUGGUCUUCCUGGAGUCUGGGCGGGACUUUUUCUCUUCAUGACUUUGCGUGUUGUAGCUGGAUUUUUGAGGUUACAAACAAGAGAUGGACCAUGGAAAUUUCUUCGGUCGGAUAUGGAAGAGGAUGGUGUCUGACUUUCAAUGAGCAAGUGAUUGAUUCUCUAUAAUCGUCGGCAAACUCUAUUAGGCUUAUGCUAAGGAUUGUGUGAAUUGCUGAUCAUACUUUACACAGGCUUUUACAGAUCUUGGCAAAAUUCAACUCAUGAUUUCUGGAAGACAUUCUACAGUACAGGCUGUUGAUUUCAUCAGUCUCUUUGGUCUGUACUGAGGGACUGACGAUUUAUGUUUUUGAGACCGCUAUUGUGGAGGUUUCAAGAACAACCAUCUUUUUUAAAGACCUAUGAUCAAGCUACAUCAUCUCACUGACCAUUUGAAAAGUCUAGCUACAUUCCAACUUGGAAAAAUUUCCUUUCCUUUUUCUCCAUGUUGUAAAAUAAUUCAAAGAGAGAAGACUUUGGAUCAUCAGCCAAGUGAUACUUGUAAAGUUGAAUAGCUUAUUUGACACAUAAUUGUAUACUAAUUUAAAAGAGUAUCAUUCUUCAUGCA